CUGAGCGGCGCAAUCCCCAAGGAAAUCAGCCAGCUCCAGUCACUCGAGUUCCUACACCUUGACCAAAACCAGCUGAGUGGCGAAAUCCCCAAGGAACUCAGCCAGCUUCAGUCACUUCAGGUCCUAAGCAUUGCCCAAAACCAGCUGAGUGGCGAAAUCUCCAAGGAACUCAGCCAGCUCCAGUCACUCAAGGCCCUAGACCUUUGCCAAAACCAGCUGAGCGGCGCAAUCCCCAAGGAACUCGGCCAGCUCCAGUCACUGCAAGUGCUAUACCUUGCCCGAAACCAGCUGAGUGGCGAAAUCCCGAAGGAACUCGGCCAGCUCCAGUCACUCCAGGAGCUACACUUUGCCUGGAACCAUCUCCAGGGCGAUUUGAAGGAGAUUGCGUUCAACAACACCAACCUGAGGAGUCUUGACCUCAGUUUUAAUCUAUUGAAGGGAGAGCUGGUGAUGGGCUUGCCCCUUGUUGAGCUUGAAGAGCUCGAUUUGAGUCACAACCAGCUCGUCGGGGGCAUUUGGAAGCUCAUCGAGCCUUUGUGCGCUACGAGCCCUGCUGGAAUGUCAUUGCAGCAUUUGCGACUAAACCACAACAAGCUCAGCGGUGAGUUGCCUCCAUGGUUGAUGCAGCUUAAGAAUUUGCAGCUCCUGGCUCUGAACAACAAUUACUUCUCGGGAGCCAUUCCAGAAGUCCAGGCACCCGAGCUGGUGGUGUUGGCUCUUCAUAAGAAUGCCUUCACAGGCCUUCUGCCAAAGGGGUUGGAAGACUUAGAGCACUUGGGAGUUUUGACGCUGCACGAGAACAUGCUUGUGGGUGCCAUUCCGCAGUUAAGCCUGACUACCCCGUGCAUGGACAACCCACGAUUCACGUUAUGGGCAUUUGGCUGCAGCUUGUUGUGCAGCAGAUUUACAUGCAACCACUGGAAGAAUUCAUGA